AUGGCGUACGAUAGGACAAUAAGAUUUCCAAAAAUAAUCACACAAACGUCAGUUAAAGUUGGACCUGGAACGUACGAAAUAUCGGAUGUUACUUGUCCUGAUAGGCAUCUUGCCGAGUAUACGCCCUUUCUAUGUGGAACUGAAAGAAAAACUAUUCACGUGCCGAAAGAGAUUGCAGAAUUACCAGGACCGGAUUCGUACACUUUAAGACCCCGACAACAUAUACCAGAACAGAUACCUCGAGCACCAGGUCCAAUUUAUGACAUUUCUGGGACUUUGUUUAAACGAAAAAUAAGAUCUCAUCCUGGCACAUGGAGAGGUCCUCCUGGAAAAGAAACAAAUGCUACCACGUUACUGUACAAAGGUAAUUUUUGGAGCAGAAUGACAGGAAGAACAGAGCCUCAACCUUUUAUAACUCCGGGCCCUGGACAUUACGAAUACGAAACGAAGAAGACAGCCAGUCAAAUAUACGACGAGAAGAUAAGAGAAAUGAAAAGAAUGACUUCCUGGCAGCCACGUAGCCUCGAUAUACUGUAUAGAGUAAAAAUGCGCGAGAAUUUGCCAGCACCAAAUGCUUACAAGAUAAAGAGUGUUUUUGACAAAUAUUCUAAGAACAGAUGCAAAUGCGAUACUUAUGUCGUUGAACCAGCUCCUUUCAAUCAAAGUGCCAAGAGAUUCCUUGAUAUAGAUUCUGACAUACCUGGCCCAGGUACAUACAGUCCCAUUGAUUCUGUAAAGUGUACAGCUUCCAUUUUUCCUGCGCCAUUCGGUUCUUAUGCUAGUCGUUUUAAAAAAGAUCCUACGCACUUUGGACCAGGACCUAGUGAUUACAAUUUGAAUGCCGGUAAUUUAGCUUUUGAGUCGGAGAAGCGUUACAAAUACACCUACGCAAAAAAAAUGAAACCACAGGUAUACUUGGAUGCAAUUUCUUAUUGCGAAGAAGAAGAAGAAGAAGAAGAAUACUAUACCCCGCGUUCUCCAAAAAGAAUAGAAGAAACGAAGACUCUUGUACAUCACGUUGCUUUUAAAUCUAAAGUAGAAAGGUUCCCCGAAGUUCAAAAGAAAACUGCUCUGUAG